AUGCCGUUUCCGAUGAAGAUCCAGCCGAUCAACAGCGAUUUUCCGGCGAAUAGAGACUCUGCUCGAGUGGAAUCAGGAAAACCAGUUCUCAAAUCUCGCCUCAAGCGUCUCUUAGAUCGGCCGUUCACAAAUGUUCUGAGAAGCUCAAACUCAGAUAAAUCACUCGUCGCCGCCUCCGAAGAAGCUCAACAAGGCGUCGUAACGGAGUUCGAGCCUAGCUCCGUCGCUUUAGCUAAGAUGGUUCAAAACUAUAUGGAGGAAAACACCGAGAAGCAAGCUAAAAACGGACGCAAUCGCUGCAACUGUUUCAACGGGAACAACGACGAUAGCUCGGACGAUGAAUUAGAUUUGUUCGGUUGCUCCGUCGAUUCUUUCAACGACGCUUAUGACCAUUUCAAGAGCUUGAUACCAUGCGCGAGCAUCGCUGAGAGGAACUUGUUAGCUGAUGUUGCGAAGAUUGUAGAGAAGAACAAAUCAAUCAAACGGAAAAACGAUUUGAGGAAGAUCAUCAUCGAUGGACUCUCGUCUCUCGGAUACGAUUCCUCAAUUUGUAAAUCGAAAUGGGAUAAAACUCGCUCUAUACCGUCCGGUGAGUAUGAGUACAUCGAUGUGAUUCUGAACGGUGAAAGGUUUCUAGUUGACGUUGAUUUUCGAUCGGAGUUCGAGAUCGCACGGCAGACGAAUGCUUACAAGUCGUUGCUUCAGUCUCUACCGUUCAUUUUCGUCGGAAAAUCUGACCGGAUUCGUCAGAUUGUUUCAAUGGUCUCAGAGGCGGCGAAACAGAGCUUGAAGAAGAAGGGGAUGCAUUUCCCGCCGUGGAGGAAAGCUGAUUACAUGCGAGCCAAAUGGCUAUCUUCAUACACCCGAAACUCCGGCGACAAUUCCCAGGAGCCGCCGGUUUCUUCCGCCGCCGUGGCUGAACCGGAGCUAGAUUGUUCGGAGAUUGAACUGAGUUUCGAGGAGAAAUUUUUGUCGUCGGGGAAUUCUUCUUCCUCUCCUCCUCCGUCAGUUGCCAAAAAUGAUGCCGUGGCAAAGCCGGUAGAGAGAGAAGCGAAGGUCGUCACGGGAUUAGCUUUACUGUUCAAAAAAAAUCCCUAA